GCCGAUAAUAUAAUACAUUAUUAUAGUUCUAGCCUUAUACGCGUCGCUUCUCGUCAUCGGCCGGUCAUACUUGUAAAUCAGGUGGAGUUUGUUGACAAGAAGAGUAGUUCGAGGUCGAGGGCGAACAUCUGCUGCUAUUCAUUCUCUCCAAGGAGAUGAAUGAUGAGAAUAGAACAUAUACAGUGGAUGAAGCACUUGUUGCCCUUGGCAAUGAUGAGAAUAGAACAUAUACAGUGGAUGAAGCACUUGUUGCCCUUGGCUUUGGGAAUUUCCAAGUCCUUGUGCUUGUCUACGCCGGGAUGGGCUGGAUUUCUGAAGCUAUGGAAAUGAUGCUUCUCUCUUUUGUUGGGCCAGCUGUGCAAUCAGCCUGGGAUCUUUCUACUCAUGAAGAGAGCUUACUUACUAGUGUGGUUUUUGCCGGCAUGUUGAUCGGAUCCUACUUAUGGGGUAGCAUUUCAGAUAAGUGUGGAAGGAGGAGAGGGUUUCUUAUGACAGCAGUAUUUACUGCAACAGCUGGCUUUCUAAGUGCUUUUUCCUCAAAUUUCCUUUUGCUGAUUAUCCUCCGCUGUUUAGUUGGCAUUGGUUUAGGAGGGGGGCCUGUUCUCGCUGCUUGGUUUUUGGAGUUUAUUCCUGCUCUUCAUCGAGGCACUUGGAUGGUAGUAUUUUCAGGUUUCUGGACUGUUGGUACAGUUCUCGAGGCUUCACUUGCUUGGGCUGUCAUGCCAAGGUUGGGUUGGAGGUGGCUACUUGGUUUUUCAGCUCUCCCCUCUUCACUUCUUCUUUUGUUUUAUGGGGUAACACUUGAGUCACCUCGGUACUUAUGCAUGAAAGGAAGAAAAACAGAGGCACUUGUUGUUUUGGAGAAAAUUGCGAGAAUGAAUGGUAGAAAGCUUCCUCGUGGUAUUCUUGUCUCUGAUAACGAAAUUGAGCUAGAUGAAAAUUUGUCUCUAUCAGAAGAUAAAGAGUUGCUAUCUCCAAGUGCUAAUGGAGAAGUGACACUUGAACAAGUGGAAUCUAGUCAAAGGGGAACCUCACCACUAGUUACUCUCCUUUCACCAGAGUUAGCCAAGUCAACCAUUCUUUUAUGGUUGGUCUUCUUUGGAAAUGCAUUUUCGUACUAUGGCCUUGUUUUGCUGACCACAAAGUUAAGCGGUGGACAAAAUAAAUGCCUACCAGCUGAAUUGCAACUCAAAAAGUCCCAUGAUGUUAGCUACAGAGAUGUCUUCAUAACUAGCUUUGCAGAAUUCCCAGGUCUUAUUAUUUCUGCGGUAACAAUUGACAAGCUCGGUCGUAAGCUCUCGAUGUCUAUUAUGUUCUUCCUUUGUUGCAUGUUCCUCAUCCCUCUUGUGUAUAAUCAACCUCAAGGAUUAACGACAAGCCUUCUAUUUGGAGCUCGCACGUGUAUUUCAGCAACCUUCACAAUUGUCUUUAUUUAUGCUCCAGAGAUAUAUCCUACGUCCGUGAGGACCACUGGUGUUGGUAUUGCGAGCUCGGUGGGAAGAAUUGGAGGAAUGAUAUGUCCCCUCGUGGCAGUAGGUCUGAUGCAUGGAUGCCAUCAAUCUCUAGCCAUUAUUCUAUUUGUGAGCGUUCUGCUGCUAUCAGGUGUAUGCGUAAUUCUUUUCCCAUUUGAAACAAAGGGCCGUGAAUUGAGUGAUACUGUACCUCGAUCAAAGCUGCAGAAGACAUCUUCAUCGGAAAACCCCAUAUGAAUAAAACAUGUCGGAUCACAUAAA